AUGGCAGAAGACGCGCAAAGCAGUCCCUUCAUCAAAAACCUCGCAUCCAGCGACAAGCGCACGCGCGACUCCGCCCUCGCCUCCCUCCGCGCAUUCCUCUCCUCUCGCUCCGAAAUCUCAGAACUCGAUCUCCUCAAGCUCUGGAAAGGACUAUUCUACUGCCUCUGGAUGCAAGACAAACCCGCACACCAACAAGCCCUUUCCCGCUCCCCUCGCUAG